UGAAGAAAUGAAUAUUCAUAUUGUUAAUGACGUCAUCCACAUUGACCACACGUGAGCAGAAAUGAAGACGAAAAACAUGAAAAAGAAGAUCAAGACCAAAAAUUUCACGACUGAUGUGAAUCAGAAUGAUGAUGAGGAAUUGUCUGGGUUAAUGAGCAGUAUCCAUGAUGAUGGUGGAGAAAUGGAGACUGCAGAUAUUGGAGAUGGAGAAGAUAUCCCAGCUUCUGAAAUCAAUGAUGUCAUCAGAAAACUUAAACUCGAUAGGUUCAAAGAUAUUUCGAAACCUUUGACAGAUAAACCUUCCACAAAACAAGAUAAGACAUUGAAGCAGAAGAAUAAAAAACCACUACAGAAGAAAACAGAGAAGAAAGGCAAAAUUCAAAGAGUGGACAAACCAGUUGAAGAAAAAUCUCAAUCUUCAAAGGACAGUUCUGCAUCAAGUACACCUCCAUCCAGUACAACUUCACCUAGCAAAAACAAGAAAAAGAAGAAGAAAAAGGACAAACUGAAGGAAAAUCAAGAUCAGAAAAAAGACAAAAAACUUCUUACCAAUGCUGAUGAUAGGACUACAAUUAGAGAACAGAAAGGAAAGAGUUCUCUUGGAGAAAAGCAAAGUAAAAUUUUGAAGGUGAAAGGAGCUUUGACCUUUGAACUUCCAAAGACAUCCUCGAUGCUGCUUCCUACAGGCGUCAAAUGGCAUUCAAUUCAGGUUGGCAUGAAAGUAGGAAGCAGUCAGGUUUCAUCAGAAGGAGUUGUCUCAUCUUAUAUGGAUUAUGCUACCAAGCUAUACGACCAGGAAGUCGAACUCCAUGCCGCAAAGAAAAGCAGUGAGUCUGGUUCCCAGAGCAGAUGGAUGCAGACUGUUGCCAAGUCAGGGGCACUCUCAGACAAGGUCGCGGCUCUGACCCUUGAAGUGCAGGGAGCCCCCAUCCACACACCCCUCAGCCUUGAUGCCCUGCUGGCCAUGGUGAGGAAGAAAGGGCGCCGGGAAGCUCUCAUCGGGUUGGAUGCCGCCAAGAGGCUGUUCCUUGAGGAGUUGUUGCCUAGCAACAGAAAGUUAAAGACAUUUGCACAGCACUCCUUUGAAGAGCUAGAGAAAAAGUGUGGCACGGAUCGACAGAGCCGUGACAAACAAGUCUUAUUAUGGUUCUUUGAGGAUCAACUGAAACAGAAAUAUGGAUCACUCAUAGAUUUGAUAGAGAAAAUGCUUCAAGAUACUGUCAGUGCAAUCAAGGCUAAGGCUCUAUCAUGUUGCUAUGAGUUAAUAGUCAAUAGACCAGAAGAAGAAAAGAGGUUACUGAGGUUAAUUGUAAACAAGGUUGGAGAUCCUGAUUACAAGGUUGCUUCUAAAGCUGUUCACUGGUUGCAAAAAUUAGUUGAUGUUCAUUCCAUGAUGAAGAUUGUUGUUGUCCAGGCUGUCGAAGAGUUACUCUUUAGACCAAAUAUCAACACAAAAGCACAAUAUUAUGCUGUAUGUUUCUUAAAUCAGCUUGUCUUACACCCAGAGGAGGAUCAGCUUGCAACCCAACUCAUCAUUGUCUACUUAUCAUUCUUCAAGGCUUGUACCAAACAAAAGAAGAUUGAUAACAAGAUGUUGUCUGCUGUCAUAACUGGUGUACAUCGAGCAUUUCCUUAUUCUAAAGAAGAUGAGAAGGUCCACGAGCAGUUGGACACUCUUCUCAAGGUCGUUCAUCAAACAACCUUCAACACCAGCAUCCAGGCUCUCCUACUGAUCAAGCAGGUCUUAGACAAAAGGCAGUCGACCAUGGAUCGUUUCUACUCAGCAUUGUACCGUAAGCUUCUGGACCCUCACCUCUCGUCGUCUCCCCGUCAUGCCAUGUUCCUCAACCUUCUCUACCAAACACUCAAGAGUGAUGAUGUCAUCAACAGGGUCAAGGCUUUCGUGAAACGUCUACUCCAAGUUUGUAGCUGGCAGCAGCCUCCGUUUAUAGCAGCGGUCCUAGUCCUGGUCUCAGAGCUCAUCAAAGCUAAACCAUCCCUAGGAAAGCUUAAUUCAUGGAAUGAUGAUGAUGAGGAUGAGCAUUUCAUGGAUAUAGAAGAAGAAGAAGAUGAUGAUAGUGAAUCAAAGAGGGGAACAAUAUCCCAUCCUGAGAAAUCCCUAACAGGUAGCAAUGAAAGGGCAUCUUGGGUACAUAGACCAGCCAGACCAGGUGAAAAGCAAGGUAUUCCCGUUGGAUAUGACCCCCUAGCUAGGAAUCCACUUCAUAGUCAUGUAGAUAAUGCUGUCAUGUGGGAACUCAAAGUGUUAUCAAAACACUUCCAUCCAUCGGUAGCACUGUUUGCAGCUCAGCUCUUAGCUGGAUCAUUGGUCUUCUACACAGGAAAUCCUCUCCAAGAUUUCACUUCAGGUCGCUUUCUUGAUAGAUUCGUCUACAAGAACCCCAAGCAAAAGCUUAUCGGCAAGGAAUCUGUGAUGCAACCCAAAUCUAGGUCUUAUAAACCACCAGCUGUCCGGAGUAUCCCAGUUAACAGCAAAGGCUUCACGAGUCUUACAGAGGAAAAUGUUCCUAUUGAUGAGAUGUUUUUCCACAGAUUCUUUUCUCAGAAAGAUCAAAAGGACAAGAAAUCUAAAGAAACCAAGAAGGCAGAUAGUCAAGAAAAGGGGGAUGAUGAAAAGAAAGAAGAGGAGGAGAAUGAGAGGAUAACAACCAAUGUCAGUAACGAGUCUCCAGAUGAAAUCGACAGUGAUGCUUCCAGUGUAGAUGAUGAAGAAUUCGACAGGAUACUUGAUGAGAUGGAAGGUAAUUUGGAGGAUGAUGAUGAAGAUAUUGACUUUGCUGGAGAAUUCCAGAAGAAGACAUCAUCCAAGAAAUCAAAGAAGAGGAAAGCACAGGAUGAUGGUUCUUCCUCAGAUGAUGACAAGGAUGAUGAUGAAGAAGAGGAUGAUGAUAUUGGAAUAGAUGAUGGAGAUGAUGAGGAGGAGAUUGGGGAGAGUGCAGACCUGGAUGGUUUGGAUGAGGAGGCCUUUGAGAUGUCUGAUGAAGAUGAGGAACCCACCCCUGUAACAUCAAACAAGAGGAAACUAAAACAGAACAUAAAGAAGAAUGGCAAGAAACAAAGGAAAGGUGCACAAGAACUAGGUGAUGUUACUGAACAGAUUUCAAGUAUGAUUGAUGAAAAUGUUGGCUCAAAGUUUGAUGUUGGACUCAAUGCUCUUGCCAACAAAGACAAAGCAGACCUGAAGCAGCUCCGAUGGGAGAUGGAUCGUGACCGAUGGGUGAGAGGAGUGGAUGCCAGGAGCAAGGCGAGGGCAAAGAAACUUCAGAAAGGACCAAAGGCCAAGGGUUUCAGGGGGAGGGGUAGGAAACACAAGAGAUGAAUUCAUUGAGAAGGAAUUAAGGGCCAGCAAAGCCAGGAAGCAAGGAAGCUUCAGAAAAGACCAAGGCUAAGGACUUCAUGGGGAGGAGGAAAUACAAGUGAUGAAUACGUUGAAAAUGGAUCGAGGGACAUGACUAGAUGCUAUAAUGAAGAGCAAAGAUGAUUAAGAUGAAGGAAAAGUGGUGCAGAUUUUGAACAGGAUAGGAAUUCUCUCUAAGUAAAAGAUGAGACUUCAGGUUGAGCUCUGGGAAACAAAUGAUGGAAGAUGAAAA